GCCAGCGCGCAGUUCUCCACGCAGGGAGACCGAGGACUGCAGUACAGCGGCAGUGCGCUUGAGGCGACACUAGGGGCGGAGUUUGACCUCUCAAGUCUCAAAACAUCACUAAUCCGCGUCGGACACUCGGGCUCGGGCCGUCAGCUGCAGACGCUCGUGGCAGAAAAGGAAAAGAUCCGGGACGAAUCUCCAUCCGAGCAUCGUUGUCCCGACGGGAUCUGCGCGGUGCCAUCGUCGGACGCGGGCUCGGGCUGUGUGUGCGCCCUGUGCGCGUGUUGCAGGGGCUGAGUGCUGCACCGUGGCAGAUAGUGCGUUACAUGCGUCGGGACGUGUCUGCAGUCAUCUCGAGCCGGGUUUUGUUCGCAGGUUUCGGGCAGAGGUGCCGGGAUCUGCGCGUUGACAGCUGCGCCGCGCUGCGCCCCCAAGCUCGAGGUCUCCGCUCCUCCGAGAGACUCUUACCAGUCGCCAUUCGAUGUCCAGCAGCACACGGCUGAAGCUGCCCUGUGGCUGAUCCCGACGAUGCUUUCCACCAACCGCUCCGGAGGCGCGUGGGGAUGAAAUGGUUGGAGCCCGUGGCCAGACCGACACACCAGCUCCCACCUCCCAGUAUGUCCGGCUGCAGCAAGUCUCCCUCCAACUCUGGAGAAGUUGCAGGCUCUAACUCCAUGGCCUGGGUGAAGAUGUUCAAAAAACCCGGAGGGGGCCUGAAAAAGUCCUACCAGCCUGGGAGCAUGCUGUCACUCGCGCUCACCAAAGGCCUGCUGAACGAGCCCGGGCAGAAUAGCUGCUUCCUAAACAGCGCUGUUCAGGUGCUUUGGCAGCUGGACAUUUUCAGGAGAAGUCUGAGGCAGCUCUCGGGUCACUUUUGUCUGGGGGAUGGCUGCAUCUUCUGUGCUCUAAAGAGUAUAUUCAGCCAGUUUCAACAGAGCCGAGAGCGCGUGCUUCCCUCCGACAGCCUGCGGAACGCCCUAGCUGAAACCUUUAAGGACGAGCAGCGCUUCCAGCUGGGCCUGAUGGACGAUGCUGCUGAGUGCUUCGAAAACAUCCUGGAGCGAAUCCAUUUACACAUCGUUUCAGACACAGCGACUGAUGCUUGUUCAUCCAAAUCCUGCAUCACACAUCAGAAGUUUGCAAUGAUGCUUUAUGAGCAGUUUGUGUGUCGCUGUUGUGGUGCAUCUUCAGAUCCACACCCGUUCACAGAAUUUGUACAUUAUGUCUCAACCACUUCUUUAUGCCAACAGGUUGAUCGAAUGUUGGGUAAGAACGAGCGGCUCAGGUCCGACAUGUUUGGAGAAUUGCUGCAGGCAGCAAACAACACAGGGGACCUCCGCAGCUGCCCGAGUGACUGUGGUCAGAGCAUCAAGAUCCGCCGUGUGCUCAUGAACUGUCCAGAGAUCGUGACCAUAGGAUUCGUGUGGGACGCCGAGCAGUCGGAUCUCACGGACGAUGUCAUCCGGUCGCUUGGCCCACGUUUGAACCUGUGUGGGCUUUUCAACCGCGUCACUGAUGAAAAUGCCAAACGGAGCGAGCUACAUCUGGUGGGGAUGAUCUGUUUUUCGAGUAAACAUUACUCAGCUUUUGCCUAUCACACCAAAUCUUCAAAAUGGAUGUUUUUUGAUGAUGCUACUGUAAAGGAGAUCGGAUCCAAAUGGAAAGACGUGGCCUCUAAAUGCAUCAGGGGACAUUUCCAGCCUCUUCUCUUGUUUUACACUAAUCCUGAGGGAAGUCCAGUGUCCAAUGAAGACGCACCGAGACAAACCACAAUGUGUCCCCGCUACAAAGGCCAAGUAAAUGGUGACGCGACAGUGAAACAUCCCCUCGGCAGCCCUAAAAAAUACCAGGAACCUUUCAUGGAGAAUCUACAGAGGCCUGGUGAAACCUCAAGAAAGGACCGAGGGCAUCGGAGAACGGAUCCGUCGCAACACAAAGAGACGCCACACACGACAUCUUCAUCCCCUCCAGAGAACGGACUGAGGCCUUCUGCAGACCACAAAUCCAAAAGCCACCAACGCACUGAGAAGUCAUCAAACCAUUCGAGCAGAGGGUCCCAGGAGCCUCGAGGACAAUCUGUGGGUACGCAGGGCGGGGGGCAGAAAAACAACCCCUCCCCGAGUCGCUACGAUCAGGAGGGCUGCCAGGAGCAGUGGGACAGAGGGGGAGGUGGAGGAGGCCGCAACAAAUCCAAGUCCACUUGGAGACCCAUACGGGAGGUGUUAAACGUGGACACCGUGCUGAACGAGCUGGAGCAGCGCCGGCAACAGCAGCAGGACAGCCCACGGCGCGGCAGGCCCUCCCAGGAAAGGGUGCACGCCGAACCCAGUCGAGACCGCGAGAGGGAAUUUGUACGAACCAGAGAAGAUCGGAAGCAGCAGAAGUGUUUGAUGACCAUCUACGAGGACGAGCAGAGGCACGAGACCGAGAGCCACAGCUCCGUAGAGUCGGAGAGCAGGGCCAACCAGCAGAGGGGCGGCCGGCUUACAGGCGGCCCCAAGACGCUGCUGCGGAGCGACACCUGGAUCAUUCAGAGGACGGAGUCCGGCUACGAGAGCAGCGACAGACUCAGCAGUGGCUCCACCAACCCGGACUCACCGGGGGUCGAUGGCUUUGCUGUUAAAGACCAGAGAUCAACACCAGAGGCACAGCUGCAAAGCCUGCUGCAUCAGAAAGGAGACGAUGCAAAGUCAAGUACAGCGUCGUCACCUUCACACAACGGUAAACAUCAUGCCAAACCUCAGGGAAAGAACCAUGACCAAGUUUCACAUUCACAUCUGAAGUGCAGUCCGGGUUCAAGACGGAAAUCAAAGUACACGUCUGGCACCUCCAGGAAAGCUGUGUGUUCAGAGCGGGACUCCACUGGGGGUGAGAGCUGGCCGAGUGAUGAGCAGGAGCUGACGAACUGUAGAGAAAGUACAGCCCUGAGGCACAUCACAAAAACCAGUAGCUCCGAGUGGAACAGCUCCGACGAUCUCGCUCUCUCGGAGUCCGAGGACAGAGAGAGUACUUAUCGCUCCAGCAACAGCGAGGCCGCCGCCUCCGAUCCCCAGUGUCCUCACAUAACGCUGCCCUACCAGCCUCCCUGCAAUGUGACCGCAGAGCCCCUGAACAAUCAGCGUCAGCUCAGCACUACGGGGUCGCCUCACCUCCGACCCUCCCAGCGGACCUCUCCUCACCAGGCCGAAUCCAGCCACACCGCGUUUCGCCCGAGGAUGCUCCAAGAACCCUUACCGCCGAGUCCUCGUCUUUCCUCCACGUCCUACGUCAGUCCUCUCAGGAGGCCCGACAUGUCCGGCCUCCGAACCUUCUCAGAUGCAAGCUCCAAGUCGGGCUCUGACCCGGAGAGGAGCACGCCGUCGUCAUGCGACAGCGAGGAAAGACUCGGCGUAAGCAGAGCGGAGCAGGCAGCGGCGGCUCAAGAGGUUUCUCUCACAACAUACUUCACCGUGGAUAACUGUAUGACGGAAACAUACCGUCUCAAGUACCACAACCAGAGGCCUCUUGUCCUCUCAGCCACGGUGCCGCGGACAGUGGUUACGACGGAGCGCCGAGAUACCAGCCACACACUCCCCCCCGACACACACUCACAAGAUGUGCCAAAAACCAGACCUGAAACAAUGGCAGCUCUUCUGGUUCAGGAGGCCGAGGACCAUAAUAUCCCAACAGAAUGAAUCUCCACAUGUGGCUGUAGAGGGCGCUGUUGCUUAAUACAAGUUGUACAGUGUUGUUUAAUAUAUCUCUUGUAUAUUUUAGGCCAGUAGGGACUGUUAUAUGGCAGAUUUAGACUUUUAUAAGAUAUCUGCAUCAAUGUAAUGAAAACAACCUGAUUUGUCAAAUAUGUGUUCACUCUUUUGAAUCCAUUAAUAGCUUCCAAUUUAUUUCUGAACUUUGUGCAUUUAUAUCACAAUAUAAAACUGUAUAUUACCCCAAUGGAAGGUUUUAUUUAUACCACCCACUUCUACCCAAAAGAUAUUGAUGAAUUCGAAGUGACAGAAAUCCGUUGUCUUCUCUGUUGUGGUGUGAAACCUGUAUAAAACAUCAUCUCUCUUUACAGGCCAUAAUAGCAAUAAACCCACUGCAAAAUGGAACCCGGUGACGGCCAAAGGACUGGACGAUCGUGGUUUUUUAUGAGUGUUAAGUCAGUACGUUUUGUUUACAAAGAUGGACUGUGGUCAGUUGAGAAUUAACUGGAUGCCAAAGAGCUUAGGGAAUGGAAAGAUGUUCUGAAGCGUGACAUCUCCAAACUGAGUGGACUUUAUUUAUGCAAGCUUGUCACUGAAGAAAAAUGUCUAAAAAGCUGUUACGUAUUGUGUGAUGGAUUUUCAACUGUCACAUUUAUUGUCUUCCAUUAUCCUGCGGCAUUGCUGCGAGAAGAUUUUAGUUUUUACCAAAAUCUAGACUGUUUCCAGUUUGCACAAAAAGAGUCUUUUGGUCACUUUAUGUCAAGUUUAAAGUGUUUUUUUCUUUAUUUUUACAGCAGUUCUGCAAAAGUGCUGCAGAACUGUGAUGUACUGAUACAGGGGGGGGCAAUGGUGAGCUACCGUUAGACUGAUUGUACUGUGGUAUGAGGUGUGAUAACAAAUCACAGCACGAUGACGUGAAGUGAUUUGUUGAAUUUACUUCAUCAGAAUAUGAUGUCAUUCUACUUAACGAAAUAAAACCUACCGGUCGAGGUUUGACUCUUCAGCAGCGGGUUGGAGAUAUGGACUGUUUAAAAAGAUGGAUGACACGUCUCCACUUCCACUAUCCAGAAAUGUAGCUAAAAUAUCCUGGAUACGAGUGGAACCAUCUUCCUCAUCUGCACAGUGGUGAUGGAGGAAGGAACUGCGGCACCGAGGUCUCGUCGAUACAUGCGUUUGACCAAUCCUGAGUCUGUCUCAGCUGUCAAUCAUGAUGUUUAACCCCCAUUUUUAUAGCAUCAAAUUACAAUUUAAAACCACCUACUGGAAAAAAUGUACAUUUAAACAAACAUCAGUGUGAUAACAACAACAACUACCUAAAAUGGCAGAAACCAUCUUUAGGGAAAAAGUUAUUUGAGUUUGGCUCAGGCGACAUUUUUCUCUCCGAACUCGUCUGAGGCCGAGAGAAAUCUAAUCGAGCCCGACUUUAACCGUCUGGGUCAUUGUGCCCUGAUGCAGUUGAUAUGAGACGCACUAAAGCUCCCUCUUCCUCACACAUGGUUAUUACUCGUUUUCCUCAAUGGUAAACAUGCGCAGUGUAUAAAAAAAUCCAUCCUGAGGUGCAAGGGUCGCGCAGCCACGUUCUACUUUGAUCCAUGUCCCAUCCACUAACAUGGAGGAGGCAGGGUUUGUGACUGCUACUCCUGCCCGCCAGCAGGUGGCGAUCAAGACAUUUUGGCUUCACUUUUUGGGGAGCCGUCAUGUCGUCCAUCUUUACAGUCGAUGACUGGAGGUAGUGUCACUAAAGGAGGCUGAAUUAGCGAGACUGAGAUGCUCGUUGACUUUCUGCUGAUCGAGGGCUUUGGCUCACCAGGGAACAGACGUGGCAACACUUUGAUUUAGUUAGUUAUUUGUCUCAUCUGUUAUCACUUAUCAGCUCUUUCACAACAUUUAUUAGUUGAUGAAUGAGCGACGGCUGACCCCUGACAGUCCACCUCCUCGGCUGUAAAACAAAAAAUUCUUGUUCAUCAUUUCUUCAAGUGAUUUGUUCAUUUCUUUGGGAAACAAAAAAUCAUUGGUUGAUUUCAACCAAUCGCUGAUAAAUAUGUAGAGAACUUUCAGAGACAGCCCUCAGGUUAUGCGUCACUAAAUACCAUCAUGUAAACUUGUGUAGUCGAACCUCGAUCCUUCUAAUCCUUUUUUUUUAAAACUCACAGUGAUGUCAAAUUGUAUUUUCUCAGUCUUCCUGUUGAAGUAGAAAUAUUUAAACAGGUCUGUAAUGCAGGUAUUUUCCUAAAGAUGCCAAUAUAGGUAAUUUGCCUAUCCGAUAUUAUUAUUAUUAUUGACCGUACAACAAAUAUUCUUGUCAAUAGGAUUAAUGUUCUAAAACCUGCAUGUGGCCUUUACAGAAGUCUUAAUAGCUGCGUGUACAGCUUGAGCAUGAGCAUGAAAAUACUGGACUGAGUCCAACGAACAGAAAUUCUAUUUGAUUUGACUUAAUUGUAAUACAGUAAAUUCAUUAAAUGUCAUUUUGUAACUGCAGUUGAUUUGGAAACCUUUUAAUGCUUGAAUACUCUGUUGUUUAUGAAUCCAUUGUAAAUACAAACAUAUAAUGCGAACAACACGACUGUCCGAGACAAACUAUGCAUCCACUGACGGUUACUUUGAGAUUAUGUUAACGGCACAUUUCAGUGUUUUUUAAGCUUUGUAUUGUGUCCAUCAGACAUUCCUGAGAAUACACAUUAAAAAGAAAUCUGUGUUUUCAA